UGCCCCAGCGAGCCCAGCGCGGAGGCGCCGACGCCGGCGCCGUCCAGAUGCUCCGCGGAGGCGGUAAAGCCUCGGAGAGGCGCCGACACAGGAGCGAGAGCCUCCAGCGGCAGCAGGACCAAGCGCUGGGCAGCAGCAUCUACCUCCUGCGGCAGAUAGGCCCCACCGGCUUCCUGCUGCGGGAGGAGGAGCCGGAGAAGGGGGAUUUCCGCGUUUUGCUGGGAAACCCCCAUGAAUGCAACUGCCCCACAUUUCUGAAGAGCGGGGACCUGUGUAAGCACAUUUGCUGGGUCUUGUUGAAAAAAUUCAAGCUUCCAAGGAAUCAUGAAUCUGCUUUCCAGUUGGGCCUUGUGGAAGGAGAAAUAAAUGACUUGCUUCGUGGCGUGCAUCAGAUCCAAACCCCCCAGCGUGCAGCGGGCGAUGGGAAUGCACACGUGGACGAAGGCGGCUGUCUCAAGCAGAAGGACAUUGGCGCAGGGGACAUCUGCCCCAUCUGUCAGGAGGAGCUGCUGGAGAAGAAGCUCCCUGUCACCUUCUGCAGAUUUGGCUGCGGCAACAACGUUCACAUAAAAUGCAUGAAGAUCUUAGCGAGCUACCAGGAGAAGGCAUCGGAAGGCUCACUGCUGAAAUGCCCGCUCUGCAGGGAAGAGUUUGCGCCGUUAAAAGUCAUCUUGGAGGAAUUCAAGAACUCCAACAAACUUCUGACUCCGUCUGAGAAAGAACGCCUAGACAAGCACCUCGGGACUCCCUGCAACAACUGUAAACAGCUGCCGAUUGAGGGCACGUGCUACAGGUGCACCGAGUGUGUGGAAUACCACUUAUGCCAGGAGUGCUUCAGCAGCCGCUGCCACCCUUCCCACCCCUUCAUGUUCCGAGAGAAGAGAAACCAAAGAUGGAGAUCAGUAGAAAAAAUAUCAGAUGCUGUAAAAUAUUUAGAUGUUAAAAAUGAGGGAGAAGCAAAUAGGCCACAUUUUCAAGAAAAGCAAGAUCAGUUUUACACGCCAAAACAUGCUGUGAAGUCACUGCCUCUCCUGCUGAUUACCAAGAACAGCAAGCUGCUGGCUCCCGGGUACCAGUGCCGACUUUGUCUGAAGUCAUUUUGUCCUGGUCAGUACACACGACUGCUACCAUGUACUCACAAGUUUCACAGGAAAUGUAUUGACGAUUGGUUAUUCUACAAGGACAAUUCAUGCCCUAUUGACAGACAAGUCAUAUACAACCCGCUGAUCUGGAAAGGCACAGCUGCAGACAACGCCCAUUCGUCAAAGCAACAAGAGCCCAAUCUUUUUAUUCCUGGUACUGGAUUAGUUUUAAAACAAAAUAGAACUGGAAUUUUGCCUACCAUCCCUCAGUGUAGUUCUAAAAUUCUGACUACACCUCAAAAUCCAUCAGACUGCUACCAGAAUUUAACAAUAGAUGACCUAUGCUCUGUCAAAUUAGACAAUUCAGAUUCAAAAAAAUUAGGCUAUGGGUCUAAAGGUAGCCACCAUUUCCCCACAUAUUUUCAAGAUCCAGCCACUGGAUCAUUUGGGCAAACACCAUCUCAAACAUUUCUUCCCUCCCUUUCCCACAAGAGUAUGACUUGUCUCACUGGAAGCCCACACACCUGUGAUAGACACCGCACCAGUCAGAGUCAGAAGACAACCAGAGGUUCUGAACACAUGAAAUACAGUGCGAGGAAAUGUCUCGGUACUAAGGCAAGAAAAGAGAGGAGAUCAAGUUCCUUCCCUGCAGAGGACUUGAAUUUCACUAUCAACUGGGGUAUGACCAAUCUCACCUUGUCUAACAGGCACAAUAAUUCCAGGAGGAGAGUGAGACGGAAGUGGAGCCGCCCACCCAGACUAGCUGCCUAUCCCCCAUUGCAAACACAAACUGCUGCUGUGUCUUUAAUAAUGGAGGGGAUUCAGUUAUGAAAAAUGCUUUUCAUUACAUCAGAAAACUUUACAUUUUAAUAUGCAGAUAUUUUACUUGUAGAAUAUAAUGUACACUCUUGAUGAAUGUAUAUAAAAUGCUCUAUUGUCGUUGUUGCCUGUGUCUGUGAUGACUUCCUGUGGUUAGGCAGGUCACCCUGCGCAGGGGACACUAAACCCAGAGUACGCAUGAUGUCGUUGUGAAUGAUGAACAGAGCAUUCAUAUCGUAUUGUACGCUAAAUAAUUUUUUCACUAAAGAAAGAGAUUUUUCCCUGCUUUGAGUCACUGCCCUAAAAAGGCAAGAAAAUAACAUUGCAUGCAGAUUACCUCCAGGGAACUACAUAGAUUUCUCAUUUUUCUUACACUAACAAUCACUGAAAACCUAUACAGAACUCCUAAUGGUGAUUCUAACUAU